GAAGUGGAAAGGAAAAGGGUCUUUUAGCCAUUAGUGGUUCCGACGGGUGCUCCGUUUCUGGAUUGUUCCACUUUGAUUUUUAACAGUUUUUUUUGUUUUUUCGAGUCGAGCUCGACCAGCGAGUGGUGAGAGGACGAAGAGGAAUAUUCUCAGAAAUCGUAAAUCGCUCGAAGUCGAAGCGUCGAGGGAAAUUCGACGGCAAACGUGCUCGGUUUAUAACCCAACUCAAGGUACGAUCAAACAGUUAACUAAUUCGUAUUAGAAGCCGAUUUAGAGAAGAAAACAGGAAAAAUGGUUAAUUUUACGGUUGACGAAAUCCGUGGGAUGAUGGACAAGAAGCGGAAUAUCCGUAACAUGUCUGUUAUCGCCCACGUGGACCACGGUAAGUCCACCCUCACGGACUCUCUCGUCUCGAAGGCUGGUAUCAUAGCCAGCGCGAAAGCGGGUGAGACGAGAUUUACGGAUACGAGGAAGGACGAGCAGGAAAGAUGCAUCACCAUCAAAUCUACGGCGAUAUCCAUGUUCUUCGAGCUAGGAGACAAAGACCUGGCCCUCAUCACCAACCCUGACCAGAGGGACAAAGGUGAGAAAGGGUUCUUGAUCAACUUGAUCGACUCUCCCGGCCACGUCGACUUCUCGAGCGAAGUAACGGCCGCCCUCCGUGUCACCGACGGGGCUUUGGUCGUCGUCGACUGUGUUUCCGGGGUCUGCGUCCAGACCGAGACCGUUCUUCGUCAAGCGAUCGCAGAAAGAAUCAAGCCUGUUCUCUUCAUGAACAAGAUGGACCGUGCUCUUCUUGAACUGCAGCUGGAUCCCGAAGAUCUGUAUCAGACGUUCCAGAGGAUUGUCGAGAAUGUCAACGUCAUUAUUGCCACUUACAGCGACGACACCGGCCCGAUGGGUGAAGUGCGAGUUGAUCCGAGCAAGGGUAGCGUUGGGUUUGGCUCUGGUCUUCAUGGCUGGGCUUUCACCCUCAAGCAGUUUGCCGAGAUGUACGCUGAGAAAUUCAAGAUCGACGUUGUCAAGCUCAUGAACAGACUCUGGGGAGAAAACUUCUUCAACCCCAAGACCAAGAAAUGGGCCAAGCAGAAGGAAGCUGAUAACAAGAGAUCCUUCGUCAUGUACAUCUUGGAUCCUAUUUACAAAAUUUUUGACUCUAUUAUGAACUACAAGAAAGAAGAAGCUGCAAAUCUGCUUCAAAAAUUGAACAUCGAGCUUAAGCCUGAAGAUCGUGACAAGGAUGGUAAACAACUUUUGAAAGUUGUAAUGAGGACUUGGCUUCCUGCUGGUGAAGCCCUGCUUCAGAUGAUAGCCAUCCAUCUCCCAUCCCCUGUUGUCGCUCAGAAGUACAGGAUGGAGAUGCUGUACGAGGGUCCUCAUGAUGAUGAAGCCGCCAUGGGCAUUAAGAGCUGUGAUCCCAACGCGCCUCUCAUGAUGUACAUAUCUAAAAUGGUACCGACAUCCGACAAAGGUAGAUUCUACGCUUUCGGCCGUGUUUUCUCUGGUAAAGUCAGCACUGGUAUGAAAGCCAGGAUCAUGGGCCCGAACUUCGUCCCUGGCAAGAAAGAAGAUCUGUACGAGAAGGCUAUCCAGAGAACGAUCCUCAUGAUGGGUCGUUACGUUGAAGCGAUUGAGGAUGUACCGAGUGGUAACAUCUGUGGGCUUGUCGGUGUUGAUCAAUUUUUAGUAAAAACGGGAACGAUCACAACAUUCAAGGAUGCCCAUAACAUGAAGGUCAUGAAGUUUAGCGUGAGCCCUGUCGUGAGAGUGGCUGUCGAGCCCAAGAACCCGGCUGAUCUGCCCAAACUUGUAGAAGGUCUGAAAAGGCUUGCCAAAUCAGACCCUAUGGUGCAGUGUAUUAUUGAGGAAUCAGGCGAACACAUCAUUGCCGGAGCAGGAGAACUCCAUCUUGAAAUUUGCCUCAAAGAUCUUGAAGAAGACCAUGCCUGUAUCCCAUUGAAGAAAUCAGAUCCAGUCGUAUCUUACAGAGAAACAGUUUCUGACGAGAGCGACCAAAUGUGCCUUUCAAAAUCGCCAAACAAGCACAACAGAUUAUUUAUGAAAGCUGUGCCAAUGCCUGACGGGCUCCCAGAAGACAUCGACAAGGGUGAUGUUAACCCACGUGACGACUUCAAGGUCAGAGCUCGUUACUUGGCUGAGAAGUAUGAAUACGACGUCACGGAAGCCAGGAAAAUCUGGGCUUUUGGUCCUGACGGAUCUGGUCCCAAUCUCCUUAUGGACUGCACAAAGGGAGUUCAAUAUCUGAAUGAAAUCAAAGACAGCGUCGUUGCUGGUUUUCAAUGGGCCACAAAGGAAGGUGUACUUGCAGAAGAGAAUCUUCGUGGUGUACGAUUCAACAUCUAUGAUGUUACAUUACAUGCUGACGCCAUCCAUAGAGGAGGUGGACAGAUCAUCCCGACAACAAGGAGAUGCCUUUAUGCAUGUGCUCUGACAGCAUCACCGCGUCUCAUGGAGCCUGUUUAUCUCUGUGAAAUCCAGUGCCCAGAAGUCGCUGUCGGAGGUAUCUAUGGUGUACUGAACAGAAGGAGAGGUCACGUCUUCGAAGAAAUGCAAGUAGCAGGAACACCAAUGUUCGUCGUGAAGGCUUAUCUACCUGUCAACGAAUCGUUCGGUUUCACAGCGGAUUUGAGAAGCAACACCGGAGGCCAAGCUUUCCCUCAAUGCGUAUUCGAUCACUGGCAGAUUUUCCCUGGCGACCCAUUGGAAGUUGGGUCUAAACCGUACUCAAUCGUUCAAGACACCAGGAAGAGGAAGGGUUUGAAAGAAGGCCUCCCGGAUGUCACACAAUACUUAGAUAAAUUGUAAUUCAAACCGAAAAAAAAUUAUAAAUUCAUUUUUAUUUAA